AUGGAAUCAACAUCAAUGGCAUGCAACAAUUCGUUGAAGAAACUUUGCGAACAAUAUGAUCAAGAAAUGGCCGACAUUGAAGUAGAUCUUGACAUACAUGAUAAACUUAUGAAGCUCAUGAGGGAAAACCGUACAACCAACGAACAGGAAUUGUCAUCAAUGCAGAAAAGCACGGGACAAACGGAAAAAGAGUUGCAGCUGCUGGAUGAGAAGACAAACGAGCUCGUUCAAUGUACUAAUUCACAAGGCGAGAAAAUCGAAGAAUUGAAACGCGUGCAACAAAAAAUCAUAGAUGGUAUCAAUGAUGCACAACACUGUUUGCUUACCGCUGAGAAUACUGCUCGGGAUGAUCUAGAAAAAUUGCAUUCGACGGAAACAAAUGCUCGGAAAUUUCUAGAAAGCAAGUUGGCUUCAGCAAAAUUUGCUGAAGUUACCUUAAAAUUGCAAAAUUACCAGAAAACGUUCUCUUCGAAGGUGCAAGAAUCAAUCGAUCGUUUAGCUUCAGUGAAAUCAAUUGCGGAUGAAGCUGAUCGCCUGGAAUACCUUGAGAAAGUCUUAAAAGAUAUGAGAAUGGAUGCCGGGAAUUUGGAAGGACAAAUUGGCGAAGUUGAUGCUCAGUGUUCAGUUUGUCAUAAGAAAAUCGUUAAGUUGCAUGUGAUACAAGAAGAAGAAAAGCAACGACGGAGCGCUAUAUCGGAAAAGUAUAAACAACGUAAAAAGCGUGUUGCGGAACUUACACGUACUCUUAACAGUCGUAAGAACGAUAAGAAGUUGCUUUCUGAAAGAAUGAAUUCUAAGGAGCUGGAACUGAACAAAAACAAGGAGCGUUUUGAAAAGAAAAAUGCCGACGCUGCAACUAUUCAACAAGAAGUAGAUACAAUAAAGGACAAAUUAGCCAAACUUGAAGACACUAUGAAAUUUGAACAGGAGAAGCACGAGCAAAAAGUUCAGGAAAUUAAGGAGGCAGGUGAAGCUGAUAUAUGUGCUACAAAGUCAGUCUUGAUGACUCUAUGUGAAAAGGAAAGCGCACUGCUCGUGCAGAUUCAACAAGCUCGUGAUGAUCUCAAUAAAAAAUCAGAAUGGGAGGCACAUAAGAAAAUCAACGAAGAAAUGGAACGAAAUUUGGAGCAGCUGAAACAGGAGAAAGCGCAACUUCAGCUUGAACUUAAAGAGAAAGAAAACCGUCGUGAUGCACAACUUUCUGGAAUGAAAGCUGUGAAAAGCGCUUUUCAAGAGAGUAAAUUGGAAGCUUCGAAGAAACGUGAAAUUUUGAUGGGGGAAGUGAAGCGCAUGAGUGAAGAGAUUCUGGGCUUGAAGCAUAAGAUCGUGAAGGAAGAACAACGCCUUAAGGCUAAACGAAAUGCAGUAGAUAGACAGUUAAAGAUGGUAACUGUUAGCAAGAAUAUUGGUGCACGUAUACGCUGCGCUGUUGAAAACGAGAAAAAAUCUCGACAAGAUGGCGCAAAAGCAGUACAUGAAUCUUCUCUGACAGGUCAAGAAGGAGCAGAUCAGAAACCACAGAGAACAGAAUCCGGCAAGGGAGAGAAGAGUGAGGAUAUCAAGGCAGAGAAGUUUGGCGGCGAAAAAAUGGUUGUUCGGGAAACCGAUUCUCGAAAACUGUUUCCAGAAAAAAAGUCUGCCGAAGAUGAGAAAGCGAACUCAACUUUUGUCGUCUCAGAAAUCAAAGAACCAUUUCUUGCUUCUAAAGGAAAUGAAAGACGAAGUGAAACACAAAUGCUAAGCGCUGGACAGGAAGAAUCGAAAUUGUUCCAACCCACCACAAAGUGUAAGGCAUCAAGAUACGAUUUUGUAAGGCAGAGUCUCUCAGUUUCGGACACUCUGCCAACUGCGUCAGGAUCGUCAAAAAUAAGUCGCCAGGCUCGGAAAAAACGUAAGCCAGAAGAAGCGAAGACAGCUCAAAAGGAUGAGUCUUUGUUUCACACUGAUGCAGUGAACGAUAAGCAAAAGAAGCGUGGAAGGCCGAAGGGGAGAAAAGCCGCAAAAGGAACACUUCCUGAGAAUGAUAAUUCGAAACUUAUGAAGAAGAAAGACGCUUAUGAUUUGGACAGUGAUUUGGACUAGAUGAACUUGAUAAGCUAAUAUUUUAUUUUCCUCGGC